AUGACUAGGUAUCAGGUAAUCGACGUGAAAGAAAAUACCACAUUGGAGGUCUUACUUGGAAUCACCGGCAAGGACUUCACCUUGAUCGCCUGCAGCAAGGCCGCCAUGCGAGGAGCGACUGUCCUGAAAGCCAGCGACGACAAGACGCGAGAGCUGAAUAAACACACAUUGAUGGCCUUCAGCGGAGAAGCUGGAGAUACCAUCCAAUUCGCAGAAUACAUCCAAGCCAAUGCCCAGCUCUACAGCAUGCGCAACUCCACCUCUCUUACCCCGACAGCCCUCGCACACUUCGUCCGCGGCGAGCUGGCUUCCUCUCUUCGGUCCCGUAAACCCUACAACGUCAACCUGCUGCUCGGUGGCGUCGACCCGCUCACCAAUCGCCCUUCGCUCUACUGGCUCGACUACCUAGCUUCGCUGGCUCCGCUGCCCUACGCUGCCCACGGAUACGCCCAGUACUACUGCUUGAGUAUACUUGAUAAGCAUCACCAUCCGGAUAUCGGGUACGAGGAGGGGAUCAAGCUGUUGAGGUUAUGCACGGAUGAGCUGAAGAGGCGGCUGCCGAUCGAUUUCAAGGGCAUGAUGGUCAAGGUUGUGACGAAGGAUGGAGUGAGGGAGGUGGAUUAUGACGACGAGGCGAGGAUCGCUUGUCCUUAG